GUCACAUCAGCUGUUUGGUGAGGGAAUAUCAGGCAAGUUCUGAGUGUGAACACUGAUUUCGAUGAUGUCCAUCUUCUCCUUCCUGCUUGCUUUAAUGCUUUUCUCUGAGAUGAACAGCCACUUGGUCACAGUAGCUAUUCCUUCAACUACAGUAGAAGAUGGCGCUACAGAACAAGAAGGUUUGGACUCAUUUCUGGGUGAUGACGACAUGACUGAACACGCUAUGGUUCCUCUGAUGUACAGACGGAGCCUCACAUAUGACGGGACAUCCAAAAUCAUCGUCAUACCGGACAUGAACCUGGAGGGGCAACGUAUUCGUGGGCUGAACCGGCGUCAUCCUCUGGUGGAAGAACGAAGUUUGGACCGCACACCUGAUGAGUUCACUUUGAAACUAAACAAACGAGAAAAAGACCUUGACAUACUACGAUGUAUGAUUGGAAGAGUUUACCGACCCUGUUGGGUUUGAGUGUUUCUCAAAUAUACUACAAAAAGUACACCAUAACAUGUAAAA